GCGCUCGGCAAGACAGAGCCGCAUUUACACUUUGCAUGAAGCAUAUCCUUUUGCGAUGAAAGGCACUCUUUACGUCUUUAUUCCGAAGCGCAGGCCUAUUCGUCAAGAUGCUCUUCGCGCUUCUCGCCUCUGAGUGCUGGAAGGACACCUGGGGUCCGCAUAAUUUUGCUCGCUGUUGCUAUGUGUUGAAGCGUGGAUCUCAAACUCCCUACUCUGUGACGUUUCCUAGUUUGUCAUGCUUGUUGCAGUGUUUGUGUUUCAAUAUCAAGCAGUUCGAGAGCAGUUUCUGGCUCACCUUGGUAGCUAUUACAGUACCGAAGAAGCUUGCGCCAUAUUGUGUUUCAAUAUCAAUUUCAUGUUCAUCAGACCUGCAUAUGAUAAUAAAUUAUCAGCCGUUGGAGAGCACCUGCACCAUGGACAAAAAUACUGUGAGAAGGAAGGAGUUUGAUAAUUUUCACCUUUAGUUUACCCUGGACCAGAGCGUGGCGAGUCAAAUCGGGUGUUGGGACCACCUGGGCGAUGAUGCCGAUGCCAUCGAUAUCCUGUUCAAAAACGUCCCCACCCUAUCGUCAAGUUGGGAAAUCUGCAAGACAAACCAGCAAGCGUUGGGCGUUGCGCAUGACAAGUUCUUUGGCCUCGUAGUGUAAUCCUGUUUGGAAAGUUCAGCAGCGCCACAGAUCUAGCACAUCAUGGCGAUUGGAGCAUGACAAAUUUUCGCAGUACGACUAGAAAAAGGCUCUCCCGGGGCUCCGCAUGAGAAACAUUUUGAGCAUGCAGAUUUGCAUUACAGGGGGGGGCGUUUUAUUUACAUAGGAUAAUCGACAAGUUCUACAACCGAUGCUGUUUGAACCACCCAGUUGACGCCAACGAGAAGGCCUCGUCGGACGAACAGUUGAUUCUGUUAGAAGAUCCGCGAGGUGCUGAAGAAAAUGAUGGCGACGAAGCGAAGAAUAUUCACAAUGCAGAUUUACCGGGAGAUCGCGAGCAGCAGGCUGGAAGUGGAACUAGAAGCACGGCAGAGAAAAAUAAAGUGCGAGAAACGCCGGGAUUGUCCAUAGAGCUGCGA